ACAACAAAUUGAAAAUUUUGGUGAUACAUGAGUCAUUCCCCUUUUUAUGGUGUGACUUAUCUUCUUCAAUGAGUCAUAUUUACUCUUUGGUGUGUUCCCUCCGUGUCUAAGUAGUCUGUGGUUUAAUUGUUUUUUUUUCAUUCGUUGUUGCCGUUGUUGGUUGCUGUCGUUUAUCGCUUGUUAUAAGCAAUUUUGUUGAAAUAAGUAAUCAUAUCGUUAUUUAAUUCAUUCAACUUUUAUACUAUAGUGAUCAGUGAUAAGAGUGCAUUCAUAUAAUCUUUGGCUAGAAAGUGGGGUGUAUAAUACCAUUACGUUAAUUUAAUUUGUUGUGAUAUGUACCUGUGAGCAUGGAUGCCUGCUGAGGAAUGUCGGAAUACGCUCUUGAUUUAGUAUUCCGUGUGUGUUCUUAACUACUUAAAGCUCGGAGUACACACCUUGAAAGUAACUUGUACAUAGCACACUAUGUUUUCCAAGAAAAAGAAAAAGCCUCUGAUUUCGCCGCCAAGUAAUUUUGAACACAGAGUACAUACGGGCUUCGAUAAACGUGAGGGAAAGUUUGUUGGACUUCCUUUGCAAUGGGCCUCACUAGUGGGUAAUAACCAGAUAUUAAAAGCAACAGGCAGACCACUACCUCUGGUAGACCCAUCUGAAAUUACACCCACCGAAAUUCUAGAUCUUAAAACUAUAGUCAGAGGUGAACAUAGAACUACCUCAGUAUCAUCAAUAGCACGUCCCUUGCCUGCAAACAUUCCACAACAGCCGGUGCAGAAUGGUGUUGUACUGCCAAAGACAUCAAAUGUUGCCAGGUCAAACUCUUUAAGGAGUACCAGCCCACCAAGAAUAAGGAGAGACCUAAGGAGUCAGCCUAAUGUCCCUCCUUCAGUCCCUGAAGAGUCACCACCUGUCCCUCCCGCCCCACAGCAGUACAUGAGUUUGAGAAGAGAACACAGCAAUUAUACAUUGAACAAACCUAUUGCUGAGUCUCCUGUAGAGUGGAGCCAGCAUGCCCAUGAAGCUACGAUCAGACAAGUACCAGAAAUUAAUGAUAAUCACCAUGCUCCUAUGACAUAUCAGAACAUACAGAAUGCAAAUGUGCCUUAUCAACACAAUCAUCCACCACAACCGAUGACCCAUGGACCUCAUGGACUCAACGGAAACAAUAUCAAUAUGGGUGACGCUUAUGGCGUGUCACGUGUGCAAGGUGGGCCGGGCGCCGCGCCGCACCUGCCCCUCGCUGCCUCCAAACAUGAACUGCGAUUGACGCAUGAACAGUUUCGCGCGGCCCUCCGUUUGGUGGUAAGCGAGGGAGACCCCCGGGCUACACUGAGCGGCUUCAGUAAAAUCGGCGAGGGAAGUACCGGCGUUGUAUGCGCAGCCACAGACACGCGUACUCGUCGCCGCGUCGCCGUCAAGAUGAUGAAUCUUAGGAAACAGCAGAGGCGAGAACUGCUGUUCAAUGAAGUUGUUAUAAUGCGUGACUAUCCUCACCCGAACAUCGUGGAAAUGCAUGCUUCGUACCUAGUCGGUGAUGAGCUAUGGGUGGUCAUGGAGUAUAUGGCUGGAGGAGCUCUUACUGACAUUGUGACGAGAGCAAGAAUGGACCCUGAACAAAUCGCUACCGUCUGCAAACAGUGCUUGAAGGCUUUGGCAUUCUUACACAGUCAAGGAGUUAUUCACCGAGACAUAAAGUCAGACUCCAUUCUUAUGACCGCCGACGGUCGCGUGAAAUUAUCAGAUUUCGGCUUUUGUGCCCAAGUCUCAGAGGAACUGCCUAAAAGAAAAUCUCUAGUGGGGACGCCAUAUUGGAUGUCGCCUGAAGUGAUAUCAAGAUUGCCGUACGGUCCCGAAGUGGAUGUCUGGUCGCUUGGCAUAAUGCUUGUCGAAAUGGUGGACGGGGAACCGCCCUUCUUCAAUGAGCCACCUUUACAGGCGAUGCGACGCAUCCGCGACAUGCCGCCGCCGCGGCCGCGUGGCGCGGCGCGCUGCCCCGCCGACCUGCUGAGCUUCGUGGAGUGCGCCCUGGUGCGCGAGCCCGCCGCGCGCCAGUCCGCCGCGCGCCUGCUGCAGCACCCCUUCCUGCGCCGCGCCGGCCCGCCCGCGCUGCUCGUGCCGCUCAUGCCGCCCGCGCACAUACCGACCAAUCAAUCGAUGUCGCCUGGUCCACCGCGCUCGGAUCGAUAGAAUACUGGUCAAACGUUAAACAUAUCGGCAGCUAUUUAUACAGAUGUAUUUACUAAGUUAUCACUAUGACAAACAGACGAAAAAUAUCGAACAUGACAUACCAAAGUUGUUGUAACGCAACUUGUUUUAGUUUAUAUUUGUGUGCACUAAAAUAAGACAUGCAAGUACUUAGCCACUGCAGCCCCAGUGAUCAUUCCAUUACUUAUGUAUUUGUAUUUCCUUUGAAACAGAACGGUAUUUAUGACAUUCCUUCGAUUUUUACACUUUUCUAUUUACUUGCUAGUAUAGAGUAUUAAGUAUAUUGUUACUGUUAAAUGGGUUUUCAGUAUCGUGAAAUACUGUUAAAAGAUACAAACAUAACUUAUAAGAUAUUCCAAAUUUCCGCCCCGUCCAGUUUAGUACCUACUCGUAUAUUGUUGAAACCUGUUAUUGUAGUAAAUUACUAUACAAAAUAGUGUGUUGUGAAAUAAUACAUAUUUUCUUCUACUCUUUUUUACCUAUGUAAUUCUAAACGGUUAGUGUUCGUUUGUAAAAUCAAAUGUAUUGUAAAAAGUGUUUUCUUUAAAUGUUAUUAAAAUUAGAACCAUGAAGUGCCAGAAAAUUACGAAAAUCGAUUAUAAAUCAGUAUUAUGGAUUGCCUUGUACUUAUUAUUAAAAACUUAUACAUUUUCUUUAGGUUAAGAUUUAGUGAAUCGGUAACUUAUUCAUGUCUAACCAGUUAACAUUCCGACUAUCUUAAAAUGUUUUGUUAUACUUUUAUAACGGUGAUCUGUCACAAUCAA